AUGGUAUUCAAUCAGACUUUAAACAAGGAAAAGUGUGAGCGCCUCCUUCUCAAGCGGAGAUUCUGCUGGGGUCGUCACCUGAAGCAAGGCCAAGGCGAUAUCCGCAACUCCACAGGUCACUUUCAUACCAACUUAAGCCAAGGCGAAAGACGUGAACCGGUUAUCAAUCUGGCCUCCUUGGGGGCAAAGAAGAAUACCUCCCAAGCGGAUGAGAGAAAUUCUCGGAAUGAAGAAAGGAGUUUUUCGGGCUCGAAGAAUUCAAGAGAACGCUCCCUCUCUCCUGUUUCAGACGCUGACUCGAGCAUAGGCUCAUACCAUGGAUCCCCACCUGACGACCAACAGAAGAAGAUUGCCUCGGCAUCCAUAGGUGAGUCUUAUUCCAUGGCCAUGCAAGUUAUGGUGACGGGAGCAAUGUCUAUUGAAGAACAGCUGGCCUAUAUGAGCGAAGUGGUCACGAAACUGACGAAGAUGGUCGAAGAGAAGGAUGCGCAGAUUGCUUCUCUCAUCAACAAGUGGGAAGCACAUCAGGAUAAGGAGCCUGGGUCAAGAUGCAAACAAGAAAGGACCACAUCAUGA